GGGAGCAGCCGCUGGGGGGCAGCAGACAGCGCAGCCCACCAACGGUUUCCAUGCCUACUUCGAUGAUAUGGGUGUUUUGAGCCCCGUGCUGAGGGUCACUCAAGGCUCAUUCAAUCCUGGUGGCGGGCUCCCUGUGACAGUCAAGGCUGAGGACCCGUGGCUCUUCACCCCGGGGGGCCUGGAGGGGCCUGGUGCUGAGAAGGUAGCAGCCAGCCAGCCCAGCUGUGCCCGAGGGCUUUGGAAGGGCUGGCAGGCAGGUCUGCCGGGACCACGGGGCAGGCCGGGCACCGGGGGCCCCUCCUGGUCCUGCUGUCCCCGCUGGCCUGUCGGCUCCUGCAGUGGGAGAGAAGCAGUCCGGCCCUGGGCUUUGGGCUUGUCCCCCUGCUGGAGCCCUCACUGGCCAAGCCCCCCAUGUCCCUCCCUCACCCCCAGGGUCCAGGUGGAGUUCUACGUCAACGAGAACACCUUCAAGGAGCGGCUCAAGCUGUUCUUCAUCAAGAACCAGAGAUCCAGCCUGAGGAUCCGGCUGUUCAACUUCUCCCUGAAGUUGCUCACCUGCCUGCUGUACAUCGUCCGCGUCCUGCUGGAUGACCCGGCCCUGGGGAUCGGAUGCUGGGGCUGCCCGAAGCAGAAUUACACCUUCAACGCCUCGUCCUCUGAGAUCAACUGGGCGCCCAUCCUCUGGGUGGAAAGAAAGAUGACUCUGUGGGCGAUUCAGGUCAUCGUGGCCAUAAUAAGCUUCCUGGAGACAAUGCUCCUCAUUUACCUCAGCUACAAAGGCAACAUCUGGGAGCAGAUCUUCCGAGUCUCUUUUGUCCUGGAGAUGAUCAACACGCUGCCCUUCAUCGUCACGAUAUUCUGGGCGCCCCUGCGGAACCUGUUCAUUCCCGUGUUUCUGAACUGCUGGCUGGCCAAGCUCGCCCUGGAGAACAUGAUCAAUGACUUCCACCGCGCCAUCCUGCGGACGCAGUCGGCCAUGUUCAACCAGGUCCUCAUCCUGUUCUGCACCCUGCUGUGCCUCGUCUUCACGGGGACCUGUGGCAUCCAGCACCUGGAGCGCGCAGGGGACAACCUGUCCCUCCUCACGGCUUUCUACUUCUGCAUCGUCACCUUCUCCACCGUGGGCUAUGGCGACGUGACGCCCAAGAUCUGGCCGUCCCAGCUGCUGGUGGUCAUCAUGAUCUGCGUGGCCCUCGUGGUGCUCCCGCUGCAGUUUGAGGAGCUGGUCUACCUGUGGAUGGAGCGGCAGAAGUCGGGGGGCAACUACAGCCGCCACCGGGCCCAGACAGAGAAGCACGUGGUCCUGUGCGUCAGCUCCCUCAAGAUCGACCUGCUCAUGGACUUCCUGAACGAGUUCUACGCGCACCCCCGGCUCCAGGACUAUUAUGUGGUCAUCCUGUGCCCGACGGAGAUGGACAUCCAGGUCCGCAGGGCCCUGCAGAUCCCCCUGUGGGCCCAGCGGGUCAUCUACCUCCAGGGCUCCGCACUCAAGGACCAGGACCUCAUGCGAGCCAAGAUGGACAACGGGGAGGCCUGCUUCAUUCUCAGCAGCCGAAACGAGGUGGACCGCACGGCAGCGGACCACCAGACCAUCCUGCGCGCCUGGGCCGUGAAGGACUUUGCACCCAACUGCCCCCUCUAUGUCCAGAUCCUUAAGCCCGAGAACAAGUUUCAUGUCAAAUUUGCAGACCACGUGGUGUGUGAGGAGGAAUGUAAGUAUGCCAUGCUGGCCCUCAACUGUAUCUGUCCGGCCACGUCCACGCUCAUCACCCUGCUGGUGCACACGUCCCGUGGCCAGGAAGGCCAGGAGUCCCCGGAGCAGUGGCAGCGAAUGUACGGACGGUGCUCAGGCAACGAGGUGUACCACGUGCGCAUGGGGGACAGCAAGUUCUUCCGGGAGUACCAGGGCAAGAGCUUCACCUACGCCGCCUUCCACGCGCACAAGAAGUACGGCGUGUGCCUCAUGGGGCUGAAGCGCGAAGACAACAAGAGCAUCCUGCUCAACCCCGGGCCACGGCACAUCCUGGCCGCCUCCGACACCUGCUUCUACAUCAACAUCACCAAGGAGGAGAACUCGGCCUUCAUCUUCAAGCAGGAGGAGAAGCAGAAGCGGAAGGGGCAGGGCCUGUAUGAGGGCUCCGGCCGCCUGCCCGUGCACAGCAUCGUCGCCUCCAUGGGGACAGUGGCCAUGGACCUCCAGAACACAGAGUGCCAGCCGGCGCGGGGCGGCGGGGGCGGCAAGCUAGCGCUGCCCUCGGAGAACGGCUCCGGCAGCCGGCGGCCCAGCAUCGCGCCCGUCCUGGAGCUGGCCGACAGCUCGGCCCUGCUGCCCUGCGACCUGCUGAGUGACCCAUCGGAGGACGAGAUGACGCCGUCGGAGGACGAGGGGCUGUCCGUGGUGGAGUACGUGAAGGGCUACCCCCCCAACUCGCCCUACAUCGGCAGCUCACCCACUCUGUGCCACCUCCUGCCCGUGAAGGCCCCUUUCUGCUGCCUGCGGCUGGACAAGGGCUGCAAGCACAACAGUUACGAGGACGCCAAGGCCUACGGCUUCAAGAACAAGCUGAUCAUCGUCUCGGCCGAGACGGCGGGCAACGGGCUGUACAACUUCAUCGUGCCGCUGCGCGCCUACUACCGGUCCCGCAAGGAGCUCAACCCCAUCGUGCUGCUUCUGGACAACAAGCCUGACCACCACUUCCUGGAGGCCAUCUGCUGCUUCCCCAUGGUCUACUACAUGGAGGGCUCCGUGGACAACCUGGACAGCCUGCUGCAGUGCGGCAUCAUCUACGCGGACAACCUGGUGGUGGUGGACAAGGAGAGCACCAUGAGCGCCGAGGAGGACUACAUGGCCGACGCCAAGACCAUCGUCAACGUGCAGACCAUGUUCCGGCUCUUCCCCAGCCUCAGCAUCACCACGGAGCUCACCCACCCUUCCAACAUGCGGUUCAUGCAGUUCCGCGCUAAGGACAGCUACUCUCUGGCUCUUUCCAAGUUGGAAAAGAGGGAGCGGGAGAACGGCUCCAACCUGGCCUUCAUGUUCCGCCUGCCCUUCGCGGCCGGCCGCGUCUUCAGCAUCAGCAUGUUGGACACGCUGCUCUACCAGUCCUUCGUGAAGGACUACAUGAUCUCCAUCACCAGGCUGCUGCUGGGCCUCGAUACCACGCCAGGCUCCGGCUACCUCUGCGCCAUGAAGAUCACGGAGGAUGACCUGUGGAUCCGCACGUACGGCCGGCUCUUCCAGAAGCUGUGCUCCUCCAGCGCCGAGAUCCCCAUCGGCGUCUACAGGACGGAGCGCCACGUCUUCUCCGGCUCGGAGCCGCAUGACCUCAGAGCCCAGUCCCAGAUCUCGGUGAGCGUGGAGGACGGCCCGGACACGCAGGACACGAGGGGGCCCUGGGGCGCACAGGUGGGCAGCGGCGGCAGCACCCAGGGUCGCCACUUGGUCGGCGGGGACCCCGCGGAGCACCCGCUGCUGCGGCGCAAGAGCCUGCCAUGGGCCCGGAGGCUGAGCCGCAAGGGGUCUACGCCCGCGGGGAAGGCGGCGGCCGCCGAGUGGGCCUCCCAGCAGCGGCUCGGCCUGUGCCGGCGCUCCGAGCGCCAGGAGCUCUCCGAGCUGGUCAAGAACCGCAUGAAGCACCUCGGGCUGCCCACCAUGGGCUACGAGGAUGUAGCAAAUUUAACAGCCAGUGAUGUCAUGAAUCGGGUAAACCUGGGAUAUUUGCAAGACGAGCUGAAUGACCAGCAGAACACGCUGUCCUACGUCCUCAUCAACCCCCCGCCUGACACGCGGCUGGAGCCCAACGACAUCGUGUACCUCAUCCGCUCCGACCCCCUGGCGCACGUGGCCGGCAGCCCCCAGAGCGGGAAGGACGGCGGCGGCAGGCUGGCCUCCUGCAAUCCGGAGACGCGGGACGAGACGCAGCUCUGAGCCGGCGCGUCCCCACGUCGGCGUGCGUCAUGCUGCCCGGAGCGCGGGGCCCCCGCCUCGCCAGGCGCCCCCCAAGCCGCGAGGGAGGACCGCGCCUCUGCGCCGGGAGGAGCUGGCGGGAGGCCUUUUUUAACCUUUUUACAGACCUACCUGACCCGUGUCCCCACACAUACCGCAACUCGUGACGGGGUCUGGCUGCAUGGGGCGGGGUCCCGCCCCCCUGGCUGCGCUGCAGGGUGAGGCUGGGGCGCCCCGGGAAGGAA